GCAUGUGGCAAGUGAGGAGGAGAGCCAGGGAGCCCGGCGGCACCGGCGGCACCGGCGAGCGCCCGGCGGCGCGGUCCUGAGCCGCCCGCCCGCCAUGGAUUGCAGCCUCCUGCGGACCCUCGUGAGCCGAUACUGUGCUGGAGAAGAGAAUUGGGUGGACAGUCGGACUAUUUAUGUUGGGCAUCGUGAGCCGCCUCCAGGCGCGGAAGCAUACAUUCCACAGAGAUUUCCAGAUAAUAGAAUAGUCUCAUCAAAGUACACGUUUUGGAACUUUAUACCAAAAAAUUUGUUUGAGCAAUUCAGAAGAAUAGCUAACUUCUAUUUUCUCAUCAUUUUCCUUGUUCAGUUAAUUAUUGAUACACCUACUAGUCCAGUUACAAGUGGACUUCCACUUCUGUUUGUCAUCACCGUCACAGCUAUCAAACAGGGUUAUGAAGAUUGGCUGAGACAUAAAGCUGACAAUGCAAUAAAUCAUUGCCCUGUUCAUUUCAUUCAGCAUGGAAAACUGGUUAGAAAGCAAAGCCGAAAGCUAAGAGUUGGAGAUAUUGUAAUGGUAAAAGAAAAUGAAACAUUCCCAUGUGAUUUAAUAUUCCUGUCGAGUAGUAGAGGAGAUGGAACAUGUUUUGUUACAACAACUAGUUUGGAUGGUGAAUCCAGUCAGAAAACUUACUAUGCUGUUCAAGACACAAAGGCAUUUCACAAUGAACAGGAAAUCGAUGCACUACAUGCUACCAUUGAAUGUGAACAACCUCAGCCUGACCUUUAUAAAUUUGUUGGUCGAAUUAAUGUUUACCAUGAUAGGAAUGAGCCAGUUGCAAGGCCAUUAGGAUCUGAAAAUCUGCUUCUUAGAGGAGCCACUUUAAAGAACACAGAAAAAAUCUUUGGUGUUGCUAUCUACACUGGCAUGGAAACUAAGAUGGCAUUAAAUUACCAAUCAAAAUCACAGAAGCGAUCUGCUGUAGAGAAAUCAAUGAAUGUAUUUCUAGUUGUAUACCUCUGUAUUCUCGUCAGUAAAGCACUAAUAAAUACUGUUCUGAAGUACGCCUGGCAGAGUGAACCAUUUCGUGAUGAGCCAUGGUACAAUCAGAAAACAGAGCCUGACAAGAAAAGGAAUUUGUUUCUUCAAGCUUUUACAGACUUCCUUGCAUUCAUGGUUCUUUUCAACUACAUUAUUCCUGUCUCCAUGUAUGUCACUGUGGAAAUGCAGAAAUUUCUUGGUUCUUAUUUCAUUGCAUGGGAUGAGGAAAUGUUUGAUGAGGGUACAGGUGAAGGACCACUGGUGAACACUUCUGACCUCAAUGAAGAGUUGGGACAGAUUGAGUAUGUCUUCACAGAUAAAACAGGAACAUUAACUGAGAACAAUAUGGAAUUUGUAGAAUGCUGCAUUGAAGGGCAUGUUUAUGUACCACAUGUUAUCUGCAAUGGCCAAAUCCUCCAUGAUUGUACAGGCAUUGAUAUGAUUGAUUCAUCUCCAGAAAGUAGUGAAAAGGAGCUGUCCUUACCAAAUCAUCUGAAAUUUUAUAGGAAGUGGUUGGCUGGAGCUGCCAAGGAGAGAGAGGAGCUAUUUUUCCGAGCUCUUUGUCUCUGCCACACUGUUCAGGUAAAGGAUGAUGAUAGCGUAGAUGGUUUGAAGAAAAACCAGGUACCAAGAAGACCUUGUAUAUAUAUCUCAUCAUCACCUGAUGAAGUUGCUUUAGUUGAAGGAAUACAGAGACUUGGUUACACCUAUCUAAGGCUGAAAGAAAAUUACAUGGAAAUCUUAAAUCGGGAAAAUAACAUAGAAAGGUUUGAAUUAUUGGAGGUUUUCAGUUUUGAUUCUGUGAGACGACGAAUGAGUGUAAUCGUUAGAUCUUCAAUAGGUGAUAUAUUUCUGUUUUGUAAGGGAGCAGAUUCCUCCAUAUUUCCUAGGGUUAAAGAAGGUAAAAUUGACCAAGUACGAGCUCGAGUACAGCGCAAUGCAGUGGAGGGACUGCGAACGUUGUGUGUUGCAUAUAAGAGGCUCUCAGCAGAAGAAUAUCGCAAUGUGCAGAAGAUGCUUCAGAGUGCCAAGCUGGCCCUUCAGGACCGGGAUAAGAAAUUGGCAGAAGUUUAUGAAAAGAUAGAAACAGAUUUUAUAUUACUUGGUGCUACAGCUGUUGAAGAUCGGCUACAAGAAAAAGCUGCUGACACUAUUGAAGCACUCCAGAAAGCAGGAAUUAAAGUUUGGGUUCUGACAGGAGACAAAAUGGAGACUGCUGCAGCUACUUGCUACGCUUGCAAACUCUUUCGAAGAAAUACACAAAUACUUGAGCUAACCACAAAGAAAAUUGAGGAGCAGAGUUUACACGAUGUGCUUUUUGACCUAAACAAAACUGUCAUAAGACAAAAUGGCAGCUUAACCAGGGAUACCUUCUCAGGACUUUCAGCUGAUACUCAAGAUUAUGGUUUAAUUAUUGAUGGAGCAGCAUUAUCAUUAAUAAUGAAACCAAGACAUGAUGGGAGCUCUGGUAACUACAGAGAGAUCUUUCUCAAUAUUUGCAGGAACUGCACUGCAGUGUUAUGCUGUCGAAUGGCACCUCUGCAAAAAGCACAGAUUGUAAAAUUGAUUAAGUUAUCAAAAGAACGUCCUAUCACAUUAGCAAUUGGUGAUGGAGCCAAUGAUGUCAGCAUGAUUCUAGAAGCACAUGUUGGUAUAGGAGUCAUUGGCAAAGAAGGUCGUCAAGCAGCAAGAAACAGUGACUAUGCAAUACCUAAAUUUAAACAUUUGAAAAAAAUGUUGCUUGUUCAUGGGCAUUUGUAUUACAUUAGGAUAUCUGAACUUGUGCAAUACUUCUUUUAUAAGAAUGUCUGCUUCAUUUUUCCUCAGUUUUUAUAUCAGUUCUUCUGUGGGUUUUCACAACAGACUUUAUAUGAUACUGCGUAUCUAACACUGUACAAUAUCAGCUUCACCUCCCUUCCUAUCCUCAUGUACAGUCUAAUGGAACAACAUGUCAGUCCAGACACACUCAAGAGAGAGCCUUCCCUGUACAGAGAUGUUGCCAAGAAUGCUUUGCUGCGCUUGCGUGAAUUUAUUUAUUGGACAUUCCUAGGAGUGUUUGAUGCUGUGGUAUUUUUCUUUGGUGCCUAUUUAUUGUUAGACAACACAGUUGUGACCAGCAAUGGACAGAUAUUUGGAACUUGGACCUUUGGAACAGUGGUGUUUACUGUGCUUGUAUUCACGGUUACAUUUAAGCUUGCAAUAGAUACACACUAUUGGACAUGGAUAAAUCACUUCGUGAUCUGGGGAUCACUGGUAUUCUACAUUGUCUUUUCUCUGCUCUGGGGAGGAAUUAUUUGGCCUUUUCUCAAUUAUCAGAGGAUGUAUUAUGUGUUCAUGCAAAUGCUGUCCAGUGGUCCUGCGUGGCUGGGUAUAAUUCUGCUCAUAACUGUCAGCCUUCUUCCAGAUGUUCUGAAGAAGGUCUUAUGCAGGGAGUUGUGGCCUACAGCAACAGAAAGAAUCCAGAAGGCAUCAAGGCACUGUCGGGAGCACAUCUCAGAAUUCACACCUCUUGCCUGUCUGAAAAGCCCGAGAUACAGGAGCAGUGACUGCAGCAAUUCCCCAGCAAGAAGGUCUAAUUCUCAUUCUAAAAAAGUGAUGUUUACUCAGUGGAGAGGCAUUGAUUAUUCAGUACUUCCAUCUGUCUUUGGCUAUUCAAAUAAGCAUUGGCGUUCCAGUGCAGGCUACCACUACAGUGGGUCAGGUUUGGAAACGUCCAUAUGACAGAACACCAAGUCAAGCCUUUAAAAACUGUGGUUUUGUUUAUUUAUUUUUUCAGGAAACAGACGUGUCACAGAGACAUAUUAAACUAUACGUGGCUUUUGCUGUCUGAGGUAGUGUUGAGAAAACAGGAUCAAGAGCUAGAAGUAUGAACCCUUCCAGGCCAAUAGGCCUCUUUUUAUGUUUUGAACUACUGGAGCAAUGAACAAUCUGCACAGUCUGGUACUGUGAGACUGGUAGCACUAAAAAUUCUCUUCAUCCUGUGUCAAGACUUCUGUGUAUUUACUACUUCUGUCAUCUUUAGUGAUUUUCUUUGUUACUUGAAGUGCAGUUUCAGUCAGUGACCUACAUUUUGAGAUCAACAGUUUUAAUUUUCAGCCAGGAGCAAUUGUCUCAGUUAUCUCAAAUGAAAUUCUCAAAAAGCAUAUUUAACAACUGCUGUUUCUGAUUUUCCUCUGUCCUUUUUUCUUUCUUUGCUCUUUCUGUAGAACAAACUGGUGUUUCCUCUGUGCAAAUCUGCUUUCAAGAAACACUCUCUAAUGUUCACUUCCUUGUAAGUGGCCAAAUCAGGGCUAUGUAUGGCUUUGGUUAGUUUUCCUCUAUAGAAAGAUAGGCAAAACAAUCCUUGUGUAGAGUAUGCACACACAAUAUGAAGUCAAGUUGGCUGUUAAACAGGUAAAUAUCACCAAUGCUGGUAUUUACUCAUAAACUGAAUGUAAGCAUUUUGCCUAAAACAUCUUAGACUUUUUCAAAGAUGCACAUUACCUGGUGUUCUCACUUCCUGUCCCUAUGAUUGUAAAAUACAUAUAGCAGAAAGUAUUACAUAUUAAGCUUUUUUUGACACAGUUUGUUGGGUUCUUUUUCUUAAAACAAGAAAAGCUGUUUUUCUGGAUGAGUAUCUUUUGCUAUCUUGAUUCAUGCUCUUAAUUCUGAUUUUUUUUGUGUGCGUGUAUGGUUAGAUACUGGCUGAUGGGCUUGGUAGAUGUAUUACAAAGCACACAACUGUUAGCUUUUGCAGACAAACCACAAGGUGGCACACAACUGUUCACUAACAGUUGAACCACGGGUGGGAUAGAGAAACUAGUUUGACUGCAAGGAUUCUGUUUGAAUUCCCUUAAGAAUGACAGCCAACUUGCACUUCUGUUUUCUCUGCUACAUUUAUGUUACCUUGCAGUAAUUCAACUAUUAGCUGCAUCCUUGUGUUGUUUCUUUAGUCCAGUGUUUUAUUUUGGGGUGCAAAAAUAUCUGAAGCAGAAAUGCAAUUUCAGUCAAUUUCAGCUUGGUGGUUACAGCUGGUUAAUGGCCAUCCUCAUUCAAUACCUCUGGGAGGACAUUACCUAAAAAUGUAUUUCAGUGUGAAAACAAAAUACUUGGAAUCAGACCUGCAGCAUUUAUUGGAAGACCUGGCCAAGACACUGUUAGUUGUCUUUCAUGUGGACAAAGGUGGCAGAGAAAAAUUAUUUCCCUUUUUGUGUUUUAACAAGAAAAAACAGAGGCAAAAUAAGUUUACUUACUACUUUACUUUUUAAUAAUAGAAAAAUCAACUUACUGGGAAAUGUCCCUCACAGUAUUCUGAGUAGUUUUCAUAUUAAACAUUGAUUGCCCUGGGUAAAGCAGAGAUUGUGAGUUAUGAAAUUUUCAGUAUACCAAAGAUAACAGAAUUUUACAAAGUCUAACAGUGAGCACCACAGAUAAAGGUUUUUUUAUCAUUUAACAUAUAGCACUUUUAAGUUUCAAAGAAUAUCCUUAUAGCAGUAGCAUUUUGAAAUACAUACACAUGUGUGGAUGUGUGUACAUAUACUUGCCAUUGCAGACUUGAAUGUUGGUCAGUUAGAACCGUCCCCUACAUAAAACACUGGUGUAUAUAUUUUUAAGAGGUUAAUAUGGGUAUACAUUUUAUACCAGUAGCAGUGACAAAUUUCUUGUGUGUAGUUAACAAAUUAUUUGUAAUGUAUUUUUUAGAAAUCUUAAAAUUGCCUUUGCACUGAAAUAUUUUUCAUACUGUAGCUAUUUAUAAAUCUGUUUUACGCAUACAUUUGUUAACACACCAUUUCUAUUUUUUUUAAGUAUAUGUUUUGAAGGCUUUUUUUAUAACUAUAAGUUUUGGCCACUUAAAUUUAGCUUAGAGUGGAGUUGUGGCUGAAUGUUGAAAUUCUAAUGAAUGUCAAAUUAGAAUACAGGUCUGUUGCUCUAUGAGUCUCACCCAAGUUAUUGAUGUUUUGUUGGGAUUUGUGGUAGCAGCGAUUAGAGCGCUGUACUUACAGUGCUAUAUUAUAACUGCUAGCUUUUUUACUCUGUAAAGCCUCCUGCUUUUUUACUUUGUGAGUUCUAUCUUUUAGCCUUAAAUAAGGAAAUGUUUGCUUGAUAUUUUUGAAAAUGCUGCAUUCCUGUUCUGCCUACUAACAAAGCAGUUCAUUGCAAACUUCAUGUAGCCCUGCACUUAGAUAUUGUUGACAACAUUGUUCAGGCUGAAACAUCUGUAUACGUUGGAGAAAUUUUAGUUAAACAUGUCAUUUUUUGGAGGAGAAAGAAUGCUUGAAUUUAAGUGGAAGUUUCUGCUUUGAUUUAGCAAUACUUUUAUCUUUAAAAGUUGGUGCUGUUUGUUUGUUAAAAUAGACUGUUUAAUGAAAUGAACAUAAAACAUCAACUUGGCUUCACUUGAUGUGUUUUUGCUUCAGUCCCUGUUACUAUUGCCAUGUAAACCUAGUCCACUGCAGCAGGUGUUAACCUGGAAGUUUUACUGCAAAAGAUAUAAAAGAUGAAAAAGUAGAAAUUAGCUCAAAAUGCAUUAGAGUGUUUUACUAUGAGUGGGACACUGAAAGGAGACAGAUUUUUUUAUGUAUGAAGAAAAAAAAGAAAGAGGAAAAGUCUAAAAAUGUAUGUAACCUUCUAACUUGCCUCAUUUAAAUUGUUGCAGCUUUAACAGCAUAAUGUCUCCAUAACUGCUUCUAUAAAUGUCUUGAAACUGGUAAGCGCUAACCAAAUGUAUGUGAAGACUUAGAAAGUAUUUCAAGCUUUUUGGCCACAGAAGCUCAUAUAUACCUGCAGUGGCUUGUGGCAAAAGGUCUUUUUUGUUUUACCAUGUACAAUAAUUGUUUGUUCAGCCACUUAAUGUAAAAGCUUACAGUUUACUUUCUUGCUUGCAUUAGCCUGUGUGUCUUGAACCAACUGGCUUGCAAAAAUAAGAGGAAAAAAAUAGUGUAAUUGAGGAACUGCACUACUUUUCUUUUGGAAGCCAGUGGGAUCCUUGUGCUCAUGCUACUGUCUCUGUUAAAAAAGCUUUAAUGGAAAUUUGUGAAAGUAUUACAAAAGUGAAAACAUACAUGAUUCUACUUUGCAGAAUAAUCAAAAAAUCACUUUAUAUAGCUUUAAUUUUUUACCGUAUGAAAAUUCACAGGAUUUCAAUCUGCAUUGUCUUGGACAUAAAUUCUGUGCUAUGUACACUUUGCAUUUUAGAGGUUCUUUCAUGAUCUAAUGUAAAGUAGAAUCUGCGAAAGUUGCUGUAUGGGGCUGGGGGUAGUUAUCUGUGCUUUAAACAUUAAAGAUGUCUGUAGUCAUCAGCACCAAAUACUGACACUUAUUUUAAUUGAAUAAUUUUAGGUGCAUUUAUUUGAAAAUAAAUCAGCCUUCAAAUCUAAUGUUCAGAUUAUCCUAUACUACUUCAUUCAUUUGAUUUGAAGAGUCAAUGUGUGAAUACAUUACUGUAAAGUUUCUUUUCAGUGCUGUUUUUAACUUUUAUUUCUGUAGACAACCAAAUAUAACUUGUUUAUAUUCAGCCACAUUUUGGAUCCUUAUGUAGAGUAUAUAAGCAGGAGAUACAAAUCUGCUUGCAAUAAAUAUAAACAUUCAAGACUGGUUUAAGUUUGCUCACAAGUAAUUACAGUAAUUCUAGUAUGAAUAUGAGAUGGUUUCAUAUUACUCUGUAAUAAAAUGUAAGUCCAUAAAGAAAACAGAA